AGUAUUCUCAUUGGUGUCCCGCAGACGUCACUGAAGAAGCUCUUCACCCAGAGAAGCACGAUCCACUCCACUUUAAACAGGAGGAGGAGUCGAGCAUGAUGUUCAUCAAACAGGAUGCUGAGCCAGAAACUUCCGACGUUAAAAAAGAAGAACAAGAAGAUGAAAAGUUUCCAUUGACCGUCAUUGUGAAAAGUGAAGUAGAUGAAAGUCCAAGCGAAGAGAGCGGUGCAGCGAAAGAAUCGAGCGGCGGCUCAGUUCAGCACCUGACAACAAAAGGAGAGGGACAAUCGCAACCGGACGGCCUCUUAGCUCCGCUCUCAGACAGCGAUGAUGUAACGUCACGCUCUUCUGACAUUAACACUAAUGAGGAGGAUAUUGACGUUAACAAAAAUAAUUCGAAAUCCUCAAACAAGUCAUCAUUGAAAAGAGACAAAAAAGAACGUGCGGAUGGGAAACCGUUUGCCUGCACACUUUGCGACAAAGGCUUUUCUCGGAAGACGAAUUUAGAAGUGCAUAAGCGUACACACGUUGGAGAGAAACCUUUUGACUGCUCGCUGUGUGGCAAAAGAUUCACACAGAAGUCUAAUUUAAUAGCACAUAAUCGCACACACACUGGAGAAAAGCCUUUUGUCUGCACAUUUUGUGGUAAAAGAUUCACCCAGAAGGGACUUUUGAACCAACACACAAGCAUACACAGUGGAGAGAAGCCUUUUGGUUGCUCACUUUGUGGCAAAAGAUUCACACAGAAGGAACAUUUAAUCAAACACACAAGAAGCCACACUGGGGAGAAGCCUUUUGUCUGCACACUUUGCGACAAAAGAUUUUCUCAGAAGUCUCAUUUAAUCACACAUAAUCGUACACACAAUGGAGAAAAGCCCUUUGUUUGCACAUUUUGUGGUCAAAGAUUCGCCGAGAAGGGAAAUUUGGACAAACACACUAACACGCACAGUGGAGAGAAGCCUUUUGGCUGCUCACUUUGUGGUAAAAGAUUCAUUCGGAACGGAGAUUUAAUAUUGCACACAAGAAGCCACACUGGGGAAAAACCUUUUGUCUGCACACUUUGCGACAAAAGAUUUUCUCAGAAGUCUAACUUGAUAAUACAUACGCGUACACACACUGGUGAAAAGCCUUUUGCCUGCUCAAUUUGUCAUAGAAGAUUCUGUCAGAAGGCGUCUUUAAACAAACACGCAAUAACACACACUAGAGGGAAACCUUUUGACUGUUGAAUUUAUGGUAAAAGAUUCACUCAGAAGGGAGAUUUAGUAUCGCACGGAAAAGCUUUUCAAUUAUCUUAUUCACUUUCCCUUGAGCCUCUUUUGAAAAAGUUAUUGAAAUGAUUUUGCAGGUCCUGGUCUUUUUCACAACUAUUCAAUAUUCUUGAUUUUUUUUUAAAAACCGAAUUAGUUGGGUUUAGUUUAGGUUAGGUUAUUUCAUAUCAAGCAUGAUCAUCUGUUUUAUAUUAUGAGUUCUUUCCUGCUUGAUUUACUCCGGUUUAGCUUUUGUCUCCUCUAUUUGUUGCUUUUCUAAACCCUGUUGUAAAGUGAUCUUGAGUGUCUUGAUAGGCGCUUUGAAAUAAUAUGUAUUACACUUGUAAACAGUCAAAUUAGUGCAUGAAGUAUUUAUGUAUUUGUCACUAACUUGAGGUCAUUCAAUAAUUACAAGUGUCAGAAUAUAGAAAUUUUCUAGUUUGCGAGUUCAUACAGUUUUAAAUACGAGUAUUUUAAAGGUAUAUAUUGAAUAUUUCCUUUAGGACACAAAAGGCUGAUGCAUCCAAGAACAAUUUAUUUCAAUAAUAGGCCUGUGUUAUUAUUGGAAAAACUUUGAUGCUGCGCUUCCUUUUGUUUGUUUGUUCAGUUUCCAAACUUUAUUUGAAUGGUUUCAGGAAAGACGGCUUUAUUUGUCUUGUGCGUUAUUAUUUUCCACUCUGAAUCGUUAUAGAUUUACUUGACCUUUUUUAUUACUAUUCAUUUCCCCCCAACUUCCUCUAUUGUGAACCAUUAUUAGAGCUCUUCUUUAUUCGAUAUUUUUUUGAGUGUCACUUGGCGACGUGUGUAAUCUGAUUGUAUUUUGAAUUAUUUUUAUUUCCAUUGUAUUAUCAAUUGAUUUAUAACAGAAUUGAAAAAAAUAUACAAAUGUAUUUAUCCCCUUGAAAAUAUUGAAGCAGUUAUAUACUUAUUAAACUCCAUUGACACAAUUUGCUUUGAGUGGCGGCUUCUUGCCAACAGCGACCUCUCCUGGCCGUUCUUUGCGCCUCGAUGUCGUUUUUCCUUGCACUCUUCUUUUAUUCCGUAUUUUUGAAAACUUACGGCUCAUGGCUUUCGAGUAAAGCUCAACCAAGUGAGCGUGAGAAGCUUCAAUGUUUUAAAAUGAAGCGAAUUCCUUGUUAUGUUCCUUGAUGGGAGAAGUGCAGCGGAAGCAGUACAGUAAGUUGGAGAAAGACCGAACUUUCAAAGUACUGUAUAUAUUUAUGGACUAUGUUCUGAGCCUUCAGAUUUGAGUCACUGAUAGUUAUGACGCAAUUUGGGUUUUCUUUAUAUUUGGACGAUUUGAGUUCCUCUUUGAAUCCCAAAGCUAUAAGGACCAAAAGACUUUGCAAACAGUACGGCAUGUCUUAAAAAUGACACCCGACCAUUUUAUUUAUUAUUUUGUUUUUGUUGUAAAUCUGUUGUUUGUGAAUUGGUCGCCCAUUACGUGUAUUUGUUUUUGUGUAAAUAAAGUUUAUUAAAAAAAAAAAAA